AUGGUUAAUACAAUUCUUAAAUAUAAAAAGAUAAUAGAUACAUAGAUAAAUAGUUAGUUAGUUAGGUAUCUUAGUAAAGUUAAUUUCCUUUUUUAAGGUUGGACAUUCUAUUUAUAGAGUACAAAUAAAUCUCCUAAAACAUUUAUUAAUUAUUUUUUUAUGAUAAAUUAAAUCUGUAGAGUAAAUUAAAUAAAAAGAUUUUUUAUUUAAAAUAUUUCUUCAUUUUAUCAACAAUUAACAAUCUUUAUAUUUCAAUAAAGAAAACCAAAUUAGUCUGUGGAUAAAUAAAUUCUUGGUUAAAUUAAGUAAAGCACGACUGACUUAAUAUAUAAAUCUUUAUAAUUAAAGCUUAUAAAAGAAUAUUUUAUUGUGAGGGGAUUUUAGUUUGAGUAAUAAAAUAUUAAUUAUUUGUAGAUAAAAAUUUCAAGAUAUACAUUAAAAAUUUCAAAUAUACUUUCAUUGUUUGUUUAGUUAAACCUCUUGAAAAUAAUUUUUUCAUAUAACUCAAUUUAAAAUAAAAAUCUUCAUUUUAAAUGA